AACUGAAGUUAUUGUCACGUGGGCGAGUAUUUACAAACACUUGCAAUGACUUCAUAAAACAGCUAAGCCACAAAACUGCCGUCUGUCUUAAGCCGGUUCAUUUAUGAACAUGGCGCUAAAAGACACAAUUAUAUCAUGGAACGAUGGCAUAAAUUCAUAUCUAGAAGAGGAAUUUGAAGAGGCUAUUUCUAAGUUCCAGCAAAUCGAAAAUCCGAAUGCUCGCAUUUUUUACAACAUCGCCUUUACUUAUCUCCAACUAAACAGAUUAGAGGAUGCGGUAAAGAAUUUCAAAGAAACAGUUCAAAAAGAUCAACACUUGGCUAUUGCCUAUUUCUGCAAAGGACUGGCAGAAGCAAAGCUUCACAGAUAUAGAGAAGCCAUUGCAGAUUUUGAUAAUGCUGUGGAGAAACUAAGAUCAGCAAGCUUCAUAGAUUACAACCAGCUAGGAAUGGCCUACAAGCUGACACUAUCAGAGAUAUGGAUUGCCAAGGCCACCACGAUGAAGAUGAUGGGUAGAGGACAAGAAGCCGAGGAGUUUCUGAUCGCAGUCAUGAAACAGGAAGAUGAUGAUACAACCAGAAGGAACUGUAUCCAGGCACUACAAAAAUUACAGGAGAUGAAAAAAGAUGUCUCAGCAUUAAAGAGGCGACACUCUCUACGCAGUCAGAGUUGGUAUCACGGUAGACUACCGAGGCAAGAGGCAGAGAAAAUGUUACGCAAGGAAGGUGAUUUCCUAGUCAGAGAGAGUCUCAACAAGAAGAAAAACACAUUACAGUACGUCCUGUCUGUCCUGUGGCAAGGAUACAGACAUAUUCUCAUUAUACAGGAUGAUGAGAGUUACUGGAAGUUUGAGGGUUUUUCUUUUCCUUCAAUACAAGAGUUGAUAGAAUACCAACACAGCAGCGGUAAACCAGUAACCAAAAAAUCCAAAGCCCUUCUAAAACAUGCAGUUGUUCAAUCAAAUGGGGUAGAGGAGGAAGCUCCUGAAUUGGAAGAGUUACCAGAUUCUUGUAUAUUUCAUCCACCAAAGGAACUGCUCAAAAAUGUAGAUAAAAGAGAUUAUCUAGGCAAAGCAAGGGUGGUUUCAGCUUUGGGUCAAACAGUUCGAAGAAAACAGAGACCAUUUAUCAAAGUGGACGAUGGAGAGGAUGAGAAUUUUGAAAGACCCGAUCAAGAAAGCUCGGGUAGUUCAACAGACCCUCUCCCAAAACCCCGCCCUAACAGGGCACCUCCAAAGUCACCACUCGCAAAGCACAAACGCAUGUCUGAAACGUCAAAUGUAUCAACAGCCAGUCAGAGCUCAGAUGACUCUGUACGGACUUUUUAUUCUCGUAGACCGCCCCCCGAAUUACCCACCAUAGCCCGGAGUAUCAGCAGGUCAAUGGAGGAUUUGAGCAUGCAGGGAGAUUUAGCCGAAUACGAAUCAGAACCAUUUAACAGUCUCAGGCCUCCAGUCCCUCAAAGAGGCAGAAUGUCUGCCGAUUUAGAACAUAUAUACGUUAAUACCAUGAAUACUCAAAGUAAUACAAUGAAUACUCAAAGACCAGUGGGCAAUAAUAAUUUUAACAAUGAACUUACUAGUGCUUUAAAUAAAAGGUUAGGGAAAGGAAACUCUGAAGGUUCAAAACCUAGUCGACCCUCGGCACCAGCCAGGCCCCCACCUCCAAGGAGAAACUGAGUAGCUUUACAUUGUAAGUUUACUGUAACUAGUUAAAUUUUGAUUAAUUGUAGAGUUCAUUAAGUACCGGUAUUUUUUAAAAAGGUUUUUACCACCAUUGAAAUGGUAUAAAAGAACUAAGUGUACACUGUAUUUUAUAGGAGUACAUGUACUGAAAAAAAGGUUUAAAAUCCUGAAAACAAUUUUGCAAAUGAACUGCUUAUUAAGUUUUUACAUGUUGUCAACAUUAUUAGAGUAUAAAACUGAGCAUAUUGCAAUUUUAAUUUUCAAAUGGUGCUCUUCAUUAAGUAAUAUUUGAUCAUAAAUUCCUAGAGAAUGUGUAAUCUAUUUUGAUUAACAAUAAACAAUUUGAUACUGAAUUUUGAUGUACCGGUAGAUGAAAUUUUGGAGCUCUAAGCAUUAGCAUUGCUACAUGAAAUUAUUUUUUUUUUAAUUUUGUAAAAUUUAAACACACGAGUACUUUUUAGUUUCAGUCUGUUAUGUACAAACAUAUACAUAAAUGUCAGGUUGAAAAUACAAGACAUUUAGUUAUUGUAUGAAAAUGCAUUAUGUACAUUUACAUGUAUUUGCAGCAAUUAUAUAACAAUGCUUUAAUAUACUCUAAAAUGUGAAUGCAUAAAAUGAGGAGAUGUGAUGUCACAUGUUUGGGGUGGUAAGGUAGAUCAUUAAAAGUACUGAAUUAUUAUGUUGCAGCGGUAAAUUGCUGGAAGCUACAUUUGUACAGUCUGUGUAUGUAUGUGUGUGUGUGUUAAAUUGACAAAGAAGUCUUCCUUGUUUACAUUUCUACAAAUACUUAGGUUUGCCAUAUCAAUUAAUCACAUUUAGAAGGUCUCAAAUUGUCCAAGAUGACUGUUUUUGAUGUUAUUUAUCUUUUAUAUAAUUAUGUAUGUACAUUUCUACGUUUAUAUAUAUAUUAUGUGGGUAAAAAAAAUAAUACUAAGUUGUACAUACAUUUCCUUGUACCUUUCAAAUUUGUUAUUUAUGUUUAUAUAUACAAAUAAAACAUUUGUUUUAUGGAUUGGAUUUGAUGUAUGUUCAAAGGUAAAAUAGUGCCAACUUUUUAUGAUUGUAUUUUUAUCCUUUUUUAACAUGGGUAAGAAAUACUACAUGUAGCCUGUGCCUUAACGAGAUGAAUUUAUAUUUAAUCAAAUAAAAUGUCUCUCUUAUUA